AUGGACGCUUCGUCCAUUAUUACUCAAGUAUCUAGGGAAGAUAAACAGUUGAACAAUUAUCCUCCCGAAAAAGAAACACUGCCAAAUGAUGAAAAUGACAUAUCAGAGGAAAAAAUUCAGGAGCCGAAAAGUAGGAGGAAACUUAACUCAAGAGGUUUCCUCAGAUCAUUAUUAUGCUGUCUUGGGGGCAAAAGUAAAAAGGACACUUCAGAACAAGGUAUUGACGGAUCACAAUAUAGACAGUACAUUUCUGGUAGUAGGAGUUCCUACUUGUUACCUUCCAUACGACAUCAAGACAUGCAUAAAAAGUGUAUGGUGAUAGAUUUAGAUGAAACUUUAGUUCAUAGUAGUUUUAAGCCAAUAAGUAAUGCAGAUUUUGUUGUGCCUGUUGAAAUAGACGGAAUCGUACAUCAAGUGUACGUGCUGAAAAGGCCACAUGUCGAUGAUUUCUUGAAAAGAAUGGGAGAAUUGUAUGAAUGUGUCCUAUUUACUGCAUCACUGGCCAAAUAUGCAGACCCAGUUGCUGAUCUUCUCGAUCAGUGGGGUGUAUUUAGAGCAAGGUUAUUCCGAGAGAGCUGUGUAUUCUACAGAGGCAACUAUGUGAAAGAUUUGAACAAACUUGGUAGGGAGUUGCAGAAAAUAAUUAUAGUGGACAACUCUCCAGCGUCGUAUAUAUUCCAUCCAGAUAAUGCGGUAAGUUGA